CGUACUGUUCCCCGAGUAAAAGAAAGCAUUGAAUUUUUAGUCGUUUAUUUGUCUAAAUUUUAACUAAAUUAAAUAAAAAUAAAUGUUUGGCAAGAGAGCGUAUGAUGUGUGGAAAGAAGAAAAAAAUGCUGGUUUUAUUAUCACAUUGUGCAGAGAAUUUGACGAAGCGAUUGGCGGUGGCAUUCGUAUGAAAUCGAUAACAGAAUUGGUUGGACAACCGGGUAGUGGCAAAACUCAAUUUUGCCUACAAUUAUGCGUUAAUGUUCAAAUUCCGAAAGACUUGUUUGGACAAGGAGGUGCAGCGGUUUACAUUGAUACAAAUCGUGGAUUUUCAUUAGAUAGACUUAGAGAAAUUGCCAUCGCAACACACGAACGCUGUAAAAUAGUGUACCGAAAUGAGAAUAUCCCGUUUAAACCCGAAUCAUUCACGGUUGAUACUAUUUUACGCAAUUCUCACAUUACAUUUUGCAAAAGCUACACUGAUCUCUUGGCAGCAAUUUAUCAAUUAACGACUGUUAUCAAGAACAAUCCAAACGUUCGAUUGAUAGUGAUUGACUCAUUUUCGUAUCUAUUUCGGUCGAUCGAGCCAAGUGUCAAUCUAAUUCAAAUAUCUUAUGAGGCCUUAUCCAAACUGCAACAAAUCGCUGAUGAGUUACAUUGUGCGGUGGUGAUAACAAAUGAGCUCACGACACGAGUCACAACUGAAGGAGAUACCGAAAUUGUCCCCGCGUUGGGUGAAAGCCAUUUACAUCGAGUUAAUUGUCAAGUGACCUUUGGGCGUGAUGAAAACAAUCGUAAACUUUUUGUGGCAAACAUUGACAAAUGCUUUGUUAAAUGUGAAAAGAAGGUGCCAUUCCAAAUAACGAAGGAUGGUGUGCGAACGUUUAAUAGUUGUACCUGAGCCGAGAUGUUACUUACCUCAUUUUUAACAUGAAAUGUACAAAUCAAAGACAAUAAGAAGACAAUUUGGAAUGUGGUGAAAAUUUUAGAACAUAUUUAUUAUUAUCAAUUCAAACA